CGCGCGUUGCCGACUAAAAACUACCAUCGUCCGUAAAACCAAAAGCAAAACGUGCCAACAUUUUAGAAAAAUCUUUCACACGCAAUAACAUUUUUUUUACAAAAUGUCAAAACCACGCCAACUCCUGACUUAAACUUCACCAUGAACGAGAUCCUCGUCAUAACGGACUUGGUGACUCAAGCCUCUUUUAAGAACUCCACUGAUAAUUCCAACGAUACGUCUGAGGCAAUCCACAUAUCCAACAACUACGCGUACGCUUUCCAGCCGACAUGGGCGAAAAAUUCUUGGCUUCUUUGCUUCCUGCUGACAGUCAAGACCACCGUGAUGGCCCUAAUAAUAAUUGCCGCUUUAUUCGGCAACCUCUUAGUGAUAGUUUCAGUGAUGCGUCAUCGGAAGCUGCGCGUUAUCACCAACUAUUUCGUCGUGAGCUUAGCUCUGGCCGAUAUGCUGGUCGCUAUUUGGGCGAUGUGUUUUAAUUUCAGUGUCGAGAUAACAGGAGGUAGAUGGAUAUUUGGUUAUUUUAUGUGUGACGUGUGGAAUUCUUUGGACGUGUAUUUUUCGACGGCGUCUAUUUUACAUUUGUGUUGUAUCAGUGUGGACAGAUAUUACGCCAUCGUGCAACCACUCGACUAUCCCUUGAUCAUGACGAAUGCAAGACUUGCGGUCAUGCUAGCCGUCGUGUGGUGCAGUCCGGCUUUAGUGUCCUUCUUGCCCAUAUUUAUGGAGUGGUACACGACCGAAGAACAUCUAGAAUUCAGGAGGAAGCAUCCUUACAUAUGCACCUUCACAGUCAACAGGACCUACUCAGUUAUUUCUUCGAGCGUCAGCUUCUGGGUGCCCGGCAUGGUCAUGAUAUUCAUGUAUUACAGAAUUUAUGUAGAAGCAGAUAGACAAGAACGGAUGCUCUAUCGGAGUAAGGUAGCAGCAGCCCUGCUCAACAAACACCUGCAAAUCAACGGAAUAUCGGCAGGGCUAACGGCGCUUCGUCAAUCGGUAGACGCAGGACUCGAAUCCGAAAAAACUCCUGAUCCUGGAACUAGCAGCAAAAUGAAACGCGAAAGAAAAGCUGCCAGGACUCUAGGCAUCAUCGUGUCGGCCUUUCUAGCUUGCUGGCUUCCCUUUUUUCUGUGGUACGUGAUAACGUCUCUAUGUGGUUCGAAACGUUGCUACAGUCCCCCAUCAGUGAUCACUUUAGUUUUCUGGAUCGGUUACUUCAAUUCGGCAUUGAAUCCACUAAUCUACGCCUACUUCAAUCGCGAAUUUCGAGUGGCAUUCAAGAAAACGUUGCAGACUUGCUGUCAACUGAGUUCUAAGUUGGUCUGUUGGAAAUGGCCGAGGUCAAGGGGCGAUCAUCAGGUGAAUUACAGCAACGCGUCGAGCGAGAUGCACGUUAAUAACCAUCUCAGGACUGACUUACGAGCCGAAGGUAUGGUGCAAAGAUUCAGCUAUAACAUUUCCGAAGGUGAAAUUAUUAAUUUGCAAAGUGAAGACGCUAUUUAAGCGUUGAGGUUGUUCUGACAUAUCAAAGGAACUCGAGUGCAUAGGAGGUAAAGUGUAUAGUUGUUAAUUAAUUUUUUUUCCAGUAAAGCGUCUUAAAGUAAAUUUUUAUUUGAUCUCAAUUUAAAUCUUCUAUGCACUUCUUCCGAAGAGAACCAGUCAAUAAAUCAAUAACACGGGACUAUCAUUUUUGAGUAUACGAUCAUUAAUAUUUGAUAGUUGAAUUGAAAUGGUUUAUUUAUUAGUUUCUGUGCCAAUGUUUAAGAUGAUGGACACGUAGCAUGGCGUCUUAGUAUUUAAUAAAGUUUUGAUUGACGAAACAAAGCACAAAGUUGUUGAAAUUCAAUCUCUGAUUUAAGGCGCAUCACCGUAUACAAUUAACAAAGAAGACAAGACGCUUGUAAUAUUUCGACGUAAUACAAUUAAGCGACUUACACGUUUGUUUACAAUUCCGCUUAUUUCACUUUAAAUUUUCUUUCGCUGAGUUUUUCCGACACUUACUCGCAAUGUUAUAAAAUAUUAAAUCAGUCCUAUUAGCGCCUCAUCACAUAUCAACAUUGUUUCGAAACUAGAAAUUUUCUGGCCCCCAGUUCGUAGUUACUGAGUCUCGAGAGUGUUAGACAUUAAGUGGUGUUUCAAAACCGGGGAUCCAUUAAGCAGUCUAUUUUACCGAGCCAGUUAUACACUCAUAAUGGCUAUAUUAGCAUACCAAAAGCACGUGGAGGCCAACCACCAACGCGUACACAACAUCCCCGAAUCGUUGUAACAACAAACUUAUUACAAUUAAAACCGGAAAGGACUCGCUUUCGGGGAAAAAAUAUUUUCCCACCAUAUAAAUUGGUUACGUUGUCAGUCAUAACAUAAGACGUAUUAAAAUAACGUUUGUUGAUGACGUUGAAGUGACGUCUGUGAACGUCAUUUAUCGACCAUUCAUUGUCCUAGUGACCACAAUUAAACCAUCCUUCCUCAACCUCAACCUUCAACAGUUGAACAGUUGAGAGGCAUCAUUUUUCAUCGAUCAAGUUCCAUCUAAGUAAUUAAAGUUAUUGUUAACAUCAAAAGCAUCUCCAUCAUCGUCGAUUUAGUUAUCAAACUUGGGUUAAUAUUCGAGUUUCUGUUUCAAUGAAAAUGUCGAUUGUUGAGACUAGAGGUCAGGUCACGCGUGACAAAAUAUAAGGCUCAAGGUGGUGGGUUACGGUAGCAUGCGAACAUCAUUAUGGGCUUUACGUUAUGAUUUAGUGCUAUAAUACCUGUCCGAGGAGUUUCCUUAAAAUGCCUUCUCGUCGAGAACGUGCUCGUAUUAAUAUUUUAAUAGAGCGCGAUCCCCAUCGAUUGUACUUUAACGCAUUUAUAGAAAAAUUGAUAGCGUGACCGAAAUCGUUACUAUUAUGAUCGAUUCCGUUUAAAUAUUUAUAAGGCCGUGGACUUGAUGGCAACUGAAACUAAUAAAUAAUCCAUUCAUAUACGUUCUAUACUUAGAAUAGACACUUUGAGUGGUUGUCGGAGCUUCUAAGUUGUAAAAAACUAUCCGUUACCUGUAGUUGUUUCAUAUCAAAUAUAGAAGAGAAAACGACCAAGACGAGAACAAUCCAUUAGAAGUAUUUUAAAGCUAAGUAAAACUCCAAUCAUUGUUGUAUGAUAAACCCUUUAAUAAAUGUAACACCAACAAAGAUAGAGAAUGUAACGUAACUACAGUGUACAAUCAAAGACGUGUAUCUAAAAAGUACUUGAUUUAAGACUUUUCAGACACACUAUCUUGUUUUUUUCGUUUCAUGGACGGUGCAAAAUGGUAUAUAAAUAUUAAAAAAAUACCAUUUUGUCUUACCAACAACUGUUAGGUGUAUCGUCAUACUAAACGUCCAAAUAAUAGACAUAAGACCUAAUGUAUAUGGAUUGUAUCAAAUAAUAACGACCAUAUUAUUUCACUUUCUGACUCAGCAAACAUUAAACCCAUCAUGAUUUG